GCCUUCUUCCUUUUAUCUCUUUUUUUUUUUUUUUUCCUUUUUUAAAUUUUAGUUUUUAGUCUAAAUCUUUUUUUGGAUCCAAUUAAUUCGAAUUCGUCAAAAUCCCAUUUUAAAAGUAAACCAGUCACUAUCAAAAGACCCAAAAUCUCAAAUUUGACCAAUUGGAGAUCUGUUCAUUUCCUUAUUUUUUGGGUUUUCAGCAUAUUUUUUUAUUCCGGGAAAACAAAUUUAUAUUUACCUUUCUAUUUCCAAAAUAAUACUACAACGUUAACCUAGUUAUACAUUUGGGACAAAUAUAUAUAUAUAAACCAAACCCCAUUAAAAUAAAAAAGUUCCCGUUCGACUCAAAGUAAAAUUUUGUUUAUUUUUCUUCUGGUUUACCAAAUGCUGGCUUCUAUAGGAACAAGUGUCUCAGAUUGUCAAGUCAUGAGGACUUUAUUAUUCUUCCCCUCUAAAAUUUCACGUAUACCAGUUGUUAGCUUUGGACGAAAAAGCUCGUUAAAAGCAUACAGUGCAAAAAUGGAGCUCUCAAUCACACGACCUGAUGAUUGGCAUCUUCAUCUCCGUGAUGGUGACGUUCUUAAAGCUGUUGUGCCUCACAGUGCACAGCACUUUGGGAGGGCGAUAGUCAUGCCAAAUUUGAAGCCUCCUAUCACUACAACCGCUGCUGCUGUGGCAUAUCGGGAAGAGAUAUUGAAAUCUUUGCCUGCUGAUAGUGAUUUCAAGCCUCUUAUGACACUUUAUUUGACAGAUACAACCAGUCCUAUGGAAAUCAAACUAGCAAGAGAGAGCCAGGUCGUAUUUGGGGUGAAGUUAUACCCUGCUGGUGCCACAACAAAUUCUCAAGAUGGAGUGACUGAUCUCUUCGGGAAGUGUUUGCCAGUUCUACAGGAAAUGGUUGAGCAUAAUAUGCCUCUGCUGGUUCAUGGAGAGGUCACAAAUCCUGAGGUGGACAUGUUUGAUCGAGAAAAGGUAUUCAUUGAAACAAUUCUACGCCCUUUGGUGCUGAAAUUUCCCCGAUUGAAGGUUGUGAUGGAACAUGUUACCACCAUGGAUGCUGUUAAUUUUGUUGAAUCUUGCAAUGAAGGAUUUGUCGCAGCGACUGUCACCCCACAACAUCUUGUUUUGAACAGGAAUUCUCUCUUCCAAGGGGGCUUGCAACCGCAUAAUUUCUGCCUUCCAGUGCUCAAAAGAGAGAUCCACAGGCAGGCUCUUGUAUCAGCUGUAACCAGAGGAAGUAAAAGGUUUUUUCUUGGGACUGACAGUGCUCCUCAUGAUAGACGAAGGAAAGAAUGUUCUUGCGGAUGUGCUGGUAUUUACAAUGCUCCUGUAGCCUUGUCAGUAUAUGCAAAGGUGUUUGAAAAGGAAAAUGCACUCGACAAGCUAGAAGCAUUUACGAGCUUCAAUGGACCAGACUUUUAUGGGCUUCCUAGGAACAAUUCAAAGAUUAAGUUAAGCAAGACACCAUGGAAAGUACCAGAGUCCUUUUCUUAUGCAUCGGGAGAUAUUGUUCCCAUGUUUGCCGGUGAGAUGCUUGAUUGGUUGUCGUCUCCUCUGUGAGGGGAAAAAAGAGUUUCCAGUUCUCAUUUGCCUUUCUUCUUGUACUGUAAUGUUGUGAUUCAACCAAAGAUAUAGACUAUAGGAGUAGUCAUCUUUCCUUUCAUGUUGAUUAGAUAUUAUCGUGAUGAUAACCGCGCUCCGAUAAUAUCCAUUCAACCAAAAAAUCAUGGAAAUAAUAGUGCCUGCAUGUGAAGCUUUAGUCCUUCAGUGUUGGAUUUAUCGGCCAAUGGUUCGAAUUUAAAUUAAAAGCUGCUGUAUUCUAAAGUUCUUCAAUUGUUCAUUUGAUUUUGAAGGUUUA